AUGUUCGCUAUAAGUGGUAGAUGCGUUAGGAUAACAAAAUGUAGCCCAAUUCGGACGGUUCCAAGAGCUAUGGGACUGGUUGGUGCUUUACGUUGGAAGACUACGUACAUUCCUUCUCCAGAUUCAGUUUACCGAAAGCCUAAGACAAAGGAGCAAUUGGCGAAGGAAAAGUUCGAGGCAGAUUUGAAGUCCGAUAACCGGUUUAUUAGAUGGGGUGCUAUCGCUAGGUCUGAGAAGUUCUCCAAGGGGCUAACCAAGUACAUCAUUGGUCUAUAUGUGCUAUUUAUCAUAUACGGGUUGAACUAUACCAAGAAAUUGUACAAGAAGGAGAAGGAGUUGGAGAAACUUACAAUUAAAGUCGACAAUGGGGAAGCAAAUGAGUAUGAAAUAUUACGCUACAAGGAAUUGAGGAACAAGCUAAGAACCAGAGACGUCGAGAAGUUGAAGAAAUACAAGGAGAUCAUUGAAGCUGAGGGGACUGAAAAUUUGGAUGAGAUGAAGUUGGAAACUAUCGAUGAGAACACCAACAAUGAACACAUUCUUCCGGCCAGAGACACUACAGACUUCUACGAGAUGAAGGCAGAAGAGUACGACGACGGUGUUAAUUUCGAAGAGAUGAUGAUUAGAAUGGGUAAAAGGCGUAAGUGGUUAAUGAAACAUUGUAAAGGUGAUGUUUUGGAAGUUGCAUGUGGUACUGGUAGAAAUAUUAAGUACUUGGAUCCGCUGGCCAUCAAUUCCAUCACAUUCUUGGAUGCAUCUGAAAAGAUGAUGGAGAUAACACACAAAAAGUUUAGAGACUACUUACCAAACUUCAAGAAGUGUGCGUUUGUUGUUGGGAAGGCUGAGGACUUGGUAGACAUGAAUGCGAAAAGUGGAUCUGCCGCGCCUGUUAAAUACGACACAAUUGUUGAAGCCUUUGGUUUAUGUUCCCACAAGGACCCUGUGAAGGCUCUAAAGAACUUUGCAGAACUAUUAAAGCCAGGUGGAAGAAUAGUUUUGUUGGAGCACGGAAGAGGUACGUACGACACAAUCAACAAGAUUCUUGACGACAGAGCCGAGAAACGUUUGAAAACAUGGGGUUGUCGGUGGAAUUUGGACAUUGGUGAAAUCUUGGAUGACUCUGGAUUGGAUAUUGUAGAGGAGAAAAGGACGCAUCUAGGUACUACGUGGUGUAUUGUCGCCAAGCGCAAGGGUGAUGGUAAGAAGAAGGAUGAGAUUGGAUUCUUUGAAAAGUAUCUAGGUUCUAGUGUGAAGCAAAGAAUGGAUUCUUUCUACAACAACGAUAAGCCAAAGGACAAAUAG